AUGGCGGAUACCGUCGUUAACUUAUUGCUAACAAACUUGACCCAGCUUCUUAAAGAUGAAGCAAAAUUGCUUUCUGGUGUUGAGGAAAAAGUCUUGUUGCUCCAACAAGAGUUGGGAAGGAUAAAUGCCUUCCUGAGAGGAUCUGAAGGGAAGCGAGAUGGGCAUGAAGUGGUGAAAGCCGUGGUCGGCCAGAUCAGAGAUGUGGCCUAUGAAGCUCAAGACGUAAUUGACAACUAUGUUGUUGAUGUUGUCCAUCACCGAAUAAAAGAGGGCAAUAGCCCUCUUUGUUAUCAAAAAAAAAAAAGAAAAAAAGAAAAGAAAGGCAAGCCAGAAAAAUUCUUUCAUAACUUUAAGCAUGGAACUAUGCUUCAUAAUGUCAACAAUCAGAUUGAGAUGAUCAAGUCCAAGAUUAAGGACAUCUACGACAACAAAGACAAGUACGACAUCAAUGAAGGUGAAUCUGUCGCAAGAGCAAUGGAGGCACUUACAAUGGCAGAGAUGGUGGAAAGGCGUAGGAGGGAAGUCGAGGAGGAUGAGGUUGUUGGCUUUGACAGAUAUGCCACUGAAAUUAUCAAUUUGAUUGUGAAAGAAAAUACUUCACGCGAAGUUCUUUCCAUUAUUGGUAUGGUCGGGUGUGGUAAGACUACCCUUGCUCGAAAAGUCUACAAAGACCCUCAAAUUAGCAAGCUCUUUGAUUGUUGUGCAUGGGAAUUCGUGACAAAAGAUUUCAAUGCAAAAGAACUUUUACUCAGUCUUUUAAGGAGUUUCGAGGCUAUACCAGAAGAUGAAUUGAAACGCAUUAAGAAGGAGAAGAAUGAGGAAGAAAGUGAGAGUAAUGCUAAAACUCAAGAGAUUACUAUGUUGAAGAACACGUUGCGAGACUAUUUGUCAGACAUGAGGUACCUCAUCGUCCUUGAUGACAUGUGGAGUAGCCAAGUUUUGGAGGAUAUAGGCGAUGCGUUUCCAGAUGACAACAUGGGAAGCAGAAUAUUGAUCACAUCCCGUUCUGAAGAGGUGGCUUCAAAAAUAUGUACAAUUGAGCCCUACAAGCUUAAGCCCCUCAAUGAUGAAGAUAGUUGGAUACUCUUGUCCAAGAAGGUGUUCAGGGGAGAAAAAUGUCCUCCUAAUUUAGAGACUGUAGGUAGAAUAAUAGCUAAUGCCUGCAAAGGAUUGCCACUCUCCAUUGUGGUUAUAGCCAGGAUCCUACGAAGUAAGGAGAAGUCAGAACGAGUAUGGGAAAAAGUGACAGAAAGUGUCAAUUGGUUCAUCAAUAAGGAAGAUACCUUGGUAAAAGAGAUAAUACGACUCGGCUAUGAAAUCUUGCCUAGAAGGUUGAAGCCUUGUUUUUUGUAUUUUGGUAUUUAUCCUGAAGACUAUGAGAUUCCAGUGAGACAAUUGAUACAAUUGUGGAUAGCUGAAGGGUUUAUAACAGAAACUGGGAAUGAGAGAAUGACUGAAGAGGAUGUUGCUGAAGAAUACCUAGAAGAGCUCAUUCGUCGUAACCUGAUUCAAGCGGAAAGUAGAAGGACGGAUGGAGGUGUUAAGACAUGUAGGAUCCACGAUCUUCUUCGGGAUCUUUGCAUGUCUGAGAGCAUAGAGGACAACUUUUCACUAGUUCGUACAGAUGUCAACAUUUUGAAGGAAGGAAAACCGAGGAGAUUAUCCCUCCAUGGUAGCACAUCCUAUUAUAUGUCUGAAGGUCUUUUUGAUCACUCAAGCACUCGUUCCUUGUUCAUUUUCAGCAAAGAUGAGUAUGAAGGUCAUUACUUUAAGGAUUGGAUUCAGAAGAAUUUCAAGCUAAUACAAGUGUUGGAUAUGGGACCAAAAGUGUUACUUUCAAGUUGUGUGCUUGAAGAAAUUGAGGAGUCAAUUCAUCUAAGGUACUUAAGAACAGGAGAAUAUACUAAUACUUUCUCCUUUCCAAAAUCUAUAUACAAUCUAUGGAAUCUAGAAACAUUGGACCUUAGGGGUUCACAAGUUAUUAAUUUGCCUGAUGGAAUAUGGAAGCUUAAGAAACUGCGACAUCUUUAUAUGUCAGGAUGGAACGCAACACUUCCCAACAUUCCCGGGAGAAAAGUCCUUCCAAAUCUCCAAACACUCUCAGUUGUUUGUCUAAAUGAGAAAACCGUGGAGCAAUUAGAAAAAGGUAAGUUCCCUAAUCUGAAAAAAUUGGGAGUUGAUUGUCUCUUUUGUUACGAAACAAAUCCUAUUGAUUAUUUGCGAAGGCUCCAAUGCUUAACCCAUUUGAAUACACUGAAAGUACUUUUUAUUAGCAGUGCUUUGACAGAUGUAGAAGGAUUCCCACCAAACCUUACAAAGAUAACAUUGAAUGGUGGUGAUUAUAUGUCUGAAACUGUGAAUCGUUUAGGAAGUCUUUCCAAACUCCGAUACUUGAAAAUUUCAGGACAACGUGUAAAAUUAAAAUUAGAAUGCACUAAGUCUGGAUGCUUCCCACAGCUGCUAGUGCUUAAGAUGACAAACCUGGAUUUAUUGAGUUGGAAUUUGGCUGAAGGUUCAAUGCCUCAUCUUAGACGUUUAGUCUUCAACAACUGCCAAUUCACAACCAAUAUCCCUAGUGUCGAGUCCUUUCCUAGCUUAAAAGAAAUAGAAAUUUUGUAA